AUGAAGUACAAUCACAAAGAAGAACAGAAGAAAUGUUUGCAUAGGGAUCAGAGUUCCAUCCUGAAAGCAAACGUUUCUGUUUUCUUUUGGUCAUUCGAUACAAGCAUCCACUCUAAUUUUAUUCUCCAUCAUCUAUCUAUCUCUAUCUAUCUUCUAUCUAUCUUAUCUAUCUAUCUAUCUAUCUAUCUAUCUAUCUAUCUAUGUCUAAUUCUUUCUUUCUUUCUAUCUAUCUGUUCACAUCUAUCUAUUUCAUUUAUCUAUCUAUCUAUCUAUCUAUGUCUAAUUUUUUUUUCUUUCUUUCUUUCUUUCUUUCUUUCUUUCUUUCUUUCUGUUCACAUCUAUCUAUUUCACGCUUCAUUAAUUUUCUUUCUUUUCAUUUUUUCUUUCUUUCAUUUUCUUUCUUUUAUCAUUUUUCGUUUUUCUUCGUUCUUUCUUUCUUUUCUUUCUUUUUCUUUUUUCUUUCCUUCUUUUUUCAAUUUUCUUUCCUUUUCUUCUUUCUUUUUUUUCAAAUUUGUUUGUUUGCUUGUUUCUUUCUUUCUUUCUUUUACACAUUCAAUUGAAUUAAAUAUGUUCUUUUUCUUUUCAUUUUCUCUUUUUUCCUUUUUUCUCUCAUUCAUUCAUUUUUCUUUCUUUCUUUUUCAAUUUUCUUUCUCUUUCUUCCUUCUUUCUUUCGUUCAUUCAUUUUUCUUUCUUUCUUUCUUUUCAUUUUUCUUUCUUUUUUCUUUCGUACUUUCUUUUUUCUUUCCUUCUUUUUGUUUCACUUUCAAUUGA